GGCAACCAGACCUUUACCAAGUCAGCGAGGGUCACCUCCUGAUGCUCAAGUGUCCCAAAGUGAGCGGUCACGUUCACGGCAACAUCACUUGGGCGCGGGAAGGAGACGCCGCCGGGACAACGGCAUCUCUGCCCUCGGGCGUGGAAGUCAGGGACGGGAUUUUAUAUUUCCUGCCUGUGCUGACAUCCCAUAAUGGCACCUACAGCUGUGAGAGCACAAGGGAAAACAGAACAGUCAGAGUGGACUUUCGGGUGUCUGUGUUCACUGGACUUUGUCCUCCAGCGGCUGAGGAAAAGAGGUUCCCUCUGGGGGUCAUAAAAAGCCUUCCCUGCAAGCUGGAACAUGUCCUGCAACUAGACAACACCAGUAACACACGAUGGUUGAAGGACUGCCAUCCGGUGGAGCGAGUCGGAGAGCCCGCCAGAGUAAUCAACAACAACGACAUGAUGCUACGCAAGAUCACAUUGGAGGAUGGUGGCACGUACACUUGCCUGGUGGACGUCAGCAUCGACGGCAAGAACUAUACGUCGGCGCGCAGCAUCAAGCUGGAUAUCGAUGACUUCACAUUUCCAAGUGAGCCCAAGGUGAUACAGCAACAGGAAAAGGUGCUUGCCGUGAACCUGGGUGCACGUGUGGAACUGAAGUGCUUGGCCUUAGUGAAGCCUGAUAAAGAGUUGCUCGUGUUCUGGAUGGUGAACGGGACUUUCGCCGACGUUGACCCGGAGCUCCAGGAAUCCUUUCUCUCCAUUCAAAAGCAAAAUCAAACCUUCGGGGAGUCCACCUUGACCAUCUCCAGAGUCCUUCCUCGUUUCCUCAACGUUUCCAUUCGCUGUCGGAUCCAAAACUCUCAAGGGGCGGAAGACUGCUUCAUGCUAUGUCUCUCUCCAGCCAAUCAAACCUGGUUUCACAGCGGCGUGGCAGUGGGCGUGGCUUCCCUGCUUUUAUUUCUUCUUCUGGUUUUGCUGUUGAGCUACUUCAAGGUGGAUGUGGUGUUGGCGUACAGGAAGAUUAGCGGAUAUUUUGUCAUUCAGCAAGAUGCAGACCAGAUUCCGUACGACGCCUUGGUGAGCGCAGUCCCCGCCUCAGGGACGAGCUGGAGCACUGCAGCCGACUUCGCCCUUCGGACGCUGCCCAGCCAGCUGGAGGACAGACACGGCUACCGCCUCUUCAUCGCGGGCCGAGAUGACAGCCCGGGAGAAGCCACGCAAGACGCCAUGGCGGCAGCCGUGCGCAAAUGCCACCGGCUAAUUAUUGUAGUGGCGUCGGCAGAGGAGGAUGAAGCCAGGGCGCGGCAGCCUUUCAACUUGGAGGAGCGGCAUCUGAGUUAUGAACAAAAGUUGGGGCUGUAUGACGCUUUAACGCGGAACACACCCACUGUCAUUCUCGUGGAAAUAGAUGGUCCUGUGGAUUAUGGGCACCUCCCGCAGUCUCUAGGUUUCAUCAAGAGGAGGCAGGGUGCGCUCAUAUGGAGGAAAAACAACAGCAACAGAGUUUUCUGGAAGAAGCUGAGGUUCCUCAUGCCCGCCCAAAGACGCUCCAGAGCACAUUUUGGGAACUGACGUACUAAGGGAACCAUUCCCAAAGCGGUCGCUCAUGUUUCUUUGCAUUGUUUACAAGCUUUUCCGUCGUUUGCAAUGCCAAAUUAUGUCGGCUGGCCAGACAAAAAAAAAAUGCUUGAAGUGCCACAGUUCACAUUUUGGCCACAAGAGGGAUGCAAAGUUUACAAUGUCACUUAGGUUUGUGUUUUACCUCUUAUUUAAUUCUGUAACGAUGGCAGAGCAACAAAAGAGACAAAAAGUUUUGUCCGAGGAGGAAAAAAAAGGAAGACUUCCAGGAUAUACAGAAUAAACAUGGGCCUGGCUUUCACUUGCUCGUGUGACCCCUUUGCCUGGCACGGCCAGAAUGUUCUCCCGGUAUUUUUAAAACACCGGGCGAACAGUCUGGGACCCAGCUCCUCAUUGGCCUCUCGAGCUCGAAUGAAAGUAACCGUGCAAUCAGAUUUGUUUAUUUGCGUGACGUGUUCUUAACGAGCAACGUCACUCUUGUGCGUCGGAAGUUGUCUCCACAACAACACAGAUGGCGAACGGGAGAGCCGAGAAUAUGUUCCAAUCUGUGGUAAAUUCAGUUCUAAAUUACCAAAAAUACAUAGAGUCGCGAACACUAACAGUCUUUCUCGCGCUAGCCAUGUUGAAUGAACUUCUCCGUUCUCCUCGCAUGUUUAUUUCCUCGCGCUAGAGUUUCUUGUCGCUUUACCAACGUCACGUCCGCCCGUCCCUGAUUGGUCCACUCCGCUGUCUGUUUGCUGUGGCUUGCUCCGCCUUGGAAAUAUGAUCCGCGGAACAGUUUGCGAGACUGUCUGGAGUUCCAGGCAAGUGAACCCCCCACCGCCUCAACCGAACUCGUUAGGACUGACGAAUUCGGACGGGGUUGGGGGGUUAGCCACACGGUUGCCAACCUUGUUAUGCUGUUGUUGAGUCGCAGCUGGAUUCAUUACCUUAUCACUUUUCAUCCUUCACACAGCCGCUGGAAACAGAAAUGUUGUUUAAUCCAUCUGCAGGCGAUGAUUUUAGAACACUUUGCAGGGGUGUGCUGGUCCUCAUGGGAAACACAGUCUUCCUUAAGGUAAAACAGCACCGCUUUUGCCCACUGGCGUUGCUAAAAUCGACCAAAACUGACAAACUACCGAGUGUUUUUUAAACCUUAGUUCUUGAUUAAAACUGUUUUAAAAAACAAGCUUUAAAACCUAAAACUGUUUAAAACCUGACUUUGAAAUCCCAACCCAACAGUUUAAAAUCCUGUUUUAAAAUCUCACUCACCCCCCAAAUUUUCAAAACCCUAUUUCGAAACCAAACUUGUAAAAUCCCUUCUUUGAACAACAAACUCUAAUAAAAUUCGCACUUUUAAUCAAGAGUUAAUGUUUCACGUAACUCUCCAUUUAAACUCUAAUUUUUUUUUUUUUUUUAAACCCUACGCUAAAACCCUGUUUCCAAAACCCAACACUGUACUUGUAAUAAUCCUGUGAAAAUGUAACUCUAGUAAAAAUCCCACUUUGAAACCUGAACCCUUUUACGUAUGAAUUAUAUAUACUGUAAAUACAUAGGCGGAAUUUGACUUUUGUGGCAGGGGGGCAACAUGUUGAUGACCCCGUCACGCAGCGUCAGCAAUAAAAUUAACUUACAAGAUAUAUGCUCGGAUAGUAGCUUAGCCCAUGCUUGUACACCUUAGAACAGCUAUCCUUGACCAAUAUCGUCAUCCAUUGAACAUGGUACACCCGGUGGUGUCUCUGUUGUACAAAUAACAUCUUUAGUGGGGCAAACUGAAACUCCGCUCACCAUAUUGGCAGUGCUCUCCGGCGUUUCAUGGUCCGCAUCUUCAAUCCUUGGUUCUCGCUCAGUAGUUGUUACCGCUUUUGAAAGCUGUGGUUUGAAAAAAUUACGAAUAUGAAUCUUGCAUCUUGUCCUCAGGUGGUUUUGGCUAAGCAAAUCAAAUGACAAUCUCUAAGGUGCUACUCACAUGAUCUGUUCGAAACAUAAUUUUGACCCAUUAAAAAAAGUAUAAUUUUUUGUUCAUUUCAUUCAUUUUUGUUGUUUUAUUGCUUUACAACUUUUGUAGACAACAUUUUACCUGGAAAAUCUUGAUUUUAAAAAUAUAGCUAGGAAAGUCAAUUACAUGCACUUACUUUUUCAGCCACAUCAGUUACUUUUUCAGCCACUGGGGGGGUAUGCCCCCCUUAAAUUCCACGUAUGUGUAAAUAUUAGGGCUGGCAAACAAUUAAAAUUUUUAAUCGAGUUAAUCACAGCUCAGCUUAAAAAUUAAUCGUAAUUAAUCGUAAU